AUGGAGCUCCUCCAGGCGCCCUCCAGUCAGAAGAGCAGCCUGACUGCUUCGGUUGCCGUCACGGACAGCGUGGGGGGCACCAAGGGAGCUGACACGUUAGUGCAUCAGCAGUAUUCAUGGUCGCCAACUCAGCACUUCGAUGAAGAAAGAUACUCGCCUGCUCCAAGGAAUAUGAAAGGAUUAUCUGGGAGUCGAAAUCAACCACAGUUGUGUUCUGGUCAUACGUGUGGCUUAACCCCGCCUGACGAUUGUGAGCAUGCCCACGACCACAUCCACCAUGGGCAGGACUCUCGGCAGCCCUACCUGCUCAGCCCGGCGGAGAGCUGCCCCAUGGACCACCACCGCUGCUCCCCGAGGAGCUCCAUCCACUCCGAGUGCGUGAUGAUGCCCGUGAUGCUGGGCGACCACAUGUCCAGUAGCACUUUCCCCAGGAUGCACUACAGCUCCCACUACGACACGAGAGACGACUGUGCCAUGUCUCACGCCAGCGCCAAAAUCAACCGGAUUCCGGCCAAUCUUUUGGACCAGUUUGAGAAGCAGCUCCCCCUGCACAGGGAUGGGUUCCACACGCUGCAAUACCAGAGGACUUCCACCGCCGCAGAGCAGCGCAGCGAGAGCCCGGGGAGGAUACGACACCUCGUCCACUCCGUCCAAAAACUCUUCACCAAGUCCCAUUCCUUGGAAGGCUCUUCCAAGAGCAACGCCAACGGGACCAAGGGUGACGGCCGGGUGGAUGACCACCACCACGGCCACCACAUUAAACACAGUAAACGGAAUAAAAGCAAGGAGCGGAAGCCCGAGAGCAAGCAUAAGUCGGGCCUGAGCAGCUGGUGGAGCUCCGACGACAACCUGGACAGCGACAGCACGUACCGAACAUCCAGCGUGGUCAACAGGCACCACCUGGAUCACGUCUCCCACUGCUACCCCGAGGCGCUGCAGGGCCCCUUCGGGGACCUCUCCCUGAAAACCUCCAAGAGCCACAACGACGUCAAGUGCUCGGCCUGCGAGGGCCUGGCCAUGACACCCGAGGCCAAGUACAUGAAGCGGAGCUCCUGGUCCACGCUCACCGUGAGCCAGGCCAAGGAGGCCUAUCGUAAGAGCUCCCUGAAUUUGGACAAGCCCCUGGUCCACCCGGAGAUCAAGCCCACCUUGAGGCCGUGCCACUACCUUCAGGUGCCUCAGGACGAGUGGGGAGGGUACCCUACCGGGGGCAAGGACGAGGAGAUACCCUGCAGGAGGAUGAGGAGUGGGAGUUACAUCAAAGCCAUGGGCGACGAGGAGAGCGGAGAGUCAGACUCCAGCCCCAAGACGUCACCCCAGGUGGCCAUCCGGCCAGAGCCAUUGCUCAAGUCCAUGGGUCAGAGGCCACUAGGAGACCUGCAAACCCAGAGCUACCUGCAAGCAGCAGGGGACGUGCCCACUGGCCACAGCCUGGACCCAUCUGCCAACUACAACUCCCCGAAGUUUCGCUCCCGGAACCAGAGCUACAUGAGAGCCGUCAGCACCCUGAGCCAGGCCAGCUGUGUGAGCCAGAUGAGUGAAGCCGAGAUCAACGGGCAGUUCGAGUCGGUGUGUGAAUCGGUCUUUAGUGAGGUCGAAUCUCAGGCCAUGGACGCCCUGGACCUCCCCGGCUGCUUCCGGACGAGGAGUCACAGUUACCUUCGAGCCAUUCAAGCUGGUUACUCCCAAGAUGAUGAAUGCAUUCCCGCGAUGACGCCCUCCGACAUCACCUCCACCAUCAGAUCCACAGCAGCUGUCUCAUAUACAAAUUAUAAAAAAACACCGCCCCCCGUACCCCCUCGGACCACCUCCAAGCCUCUGAUUUCGGUGACGGCGCAGAGCAGCACCGAGUCCACCCAGGAUGCCUACCAGGACAGCCGCGCCCAGAGGAUGUCCCCGUGGCCCCAGGACAGCCGCGGCCUCUACAACUCCACAGACAGUCUGGACAGCAACAAGGCCAUGAACCUCGCCCUAGAGACGGCCGCCGCCCAGCGCCUCGUCUCCGAGGGCCAGACCAGCUCCACGCGGACCAGCGACAAGGCCGUGCUCAUGUCCAAGGCCGAGGAGUUCCUCAAGAGCCGGCGCUCCUCCAUCGGGAUCCAGGAUUCUGAAUUCCCAGAGCAUCAGCCAUACCCAAGGUCAGAUGUGGAAACAGCUACAGAUUCCGACACGGAGAGCCGAGGCCUACGGGAGUACCACUCAGUUGGCGUGCAGGUGGAAGAUGAAAAGCGACACGGGCGUUUUAAGCGUUCGAACAGCGUGACGGCCGGCGUCCAGGCAGACCUGGAGCUCGAAGGCUUUCCGGGACACAUCACCAUGGAGGACAAAGGCCUCCAGUUCGGCUCGUCCUUCCAGCGGCAUUCGGAACCGAGCACGCCCACCCAGUACGGGGCGGUGAGAACUGUCCGGACCCAGGGACUCUUCAGUUACAGAGAAGACUAUAGGACCCCAGUGGACACUGCAAACCUGCCCCCGCCCGACCCCUGGCUGGAGCCGUCCAUGGAGACGGUAGAAACGGGAAGGAUGUCUCCGUGCCGCAGGGACGGCUCCUGGUUUUUGAAGCUGCUGCACACAGAGACCAAGAGGAUGGAAGGCUGGUGUAAAGAGAUGGAAAGGGAAGCAGAGGAAAACGACCUCUCAGAAGAAAUUCUCGGUAAGAUCAGGAGUGCUGUGGGGAGUGCCCAGCUUCUGAUGUCCCAGAAAUUCCAGCAGUUUUAUUGGCUUUGCCAACAGAAUAUGGACCCCAGCGCCAUGCCGAGACCAACGUCCCAGGACCUUGCAGGGUACUGGGACAUGCUGCAGCUUUCCAUCGAGGACGUCAGCAUGAAGUUCGAUGAGCUGCACCAGCUGAAGCUCAACGACUGGAAGAUCAUAGAGUCUCCUGAAAGGAAGGAAGAAAGAAAGGUCCCCCCUCCGAUACCAAAGAAGCCCCCUAAAGGGAAAUUUCCCAUCACGAGAGAAAAGUCCCUGGACCUGCCCGACAGACAGCGUCAAGAGGCCCGACGACGGCUCAUGGCUGCCAAGAGGGCCGCCUCCUUCCGACAGAAUUCUGCCACGGAGCGGGCCGACAGCAUCGAGAUCUACAUCCCGGAGGCCCAGACCCGGCUCUAGGGACCGACAGCGGCAACUCUCCCCUG